UCUCAUUUGUCCGAUUCGUUCAAGAGAACACGAAAUCGGGCGUGUUCCUUCUUUUGCUGCACUGAUUCGCUCCCCUACAUACUCGUCCGAAAUAAGGAGGGUCUAAUUUCCAUGUGACAACAUGCUGCUGAAAUUCAUAUCACUGUUACUUAUUAUCGCGUCUCUACAAGCUUCGGUGAAUUCUCAACAAACUGAAGAAGCAACCGAAGAUUCUUACACUACCACGCCUCAGGUACAUUUCAUAUAUAAAGUGAAAGCCCUGAAUACGGCGCUGUUUUAUGUUCUGGAUGGUCUAAAAGAGGAUAUAAAAAACGGAGAGGAAGUGAACAUUAGCCCCAUUUAUAGGAUUCGGAUUCUAAUGCUAAAAAUUAAAGCCUUUGGGGGAGAAAUAGAAGAAACAAACCUUUCAUUGUUAAAUGAGAUACAACCCAGCCUUCCACAAUAUUUAGUAGAAGAUAUGAAAAACGCCGGUAUCAGCUUGGACACAGAAUUUCUAUCUUUGAAGGAAUCGACCCUAUUUCCUGACAACGUUUCAUUUCAAUGAAUUUCGGCAAAAUUAUUAUGCACAUAGAAGUGUAGCAUAUAAUAUGACAACUGUUGUAUCCAAACUGUUCAUUAAAUUAUUUACUUGGCAA